AUGGCUGUUGAUGCUGCCUCCAGUUUUAGUUACUGCAGACCUGCAGUGGAGUACAGGGCCCUCCCGGAAGACUUCAAACAGCUGUUGACUCGACGCACAGGUGGAAACCUCACCUGGCAUGACGGACGGGGCAAAGCAGGAAACAGACCAGUGAAGCUCCUGCAGCAGCCGGGGACAGAGGCCCGCCAGUACCACACCAGUGAUAAUUAUGGGAUAUACAACACAAGCCCGACACAGCCCAGCUUGAUGCGACCCGUGGUGCUUUGGACACAGCAGGACGUUUGCAAAUGGCUGAAGAAACAUUGUCCUCACAACUACCUGACUUAUGUGGAGGCAUUCUCCCAACACGCUAUCACAGGCCGCGCUCUGCUGCGUCUGAACGGGGAGAAGCUGCAGAGGAUGGGGCUGGUGCAGGAGACCCUCAGACAGGAGCUACUACAGCAGGUGCUUCAGCUGCAGGUGCAAGAGGAGGGACGCAACCUGCAGCUUCUCAGCAGAAGUGUGUACAGCUACAACAGUCAUGUGGUUCUCAUCAAACAGCACUGA